CGCAAUUAAGCUGCAUUAAAUUAAAAAAAAAAUAAUUUUAAGUAAAUUACAAGAACUAGUUUGAGAAGCACAAAAAAAAAAUAAAUAAAUAAAAAUUAUGACGGUGAUGGCUACCCUAUUGCAUUGGGACGUUUCCUAUCGGGAAUUCCAGCGUUAGUAUUUUCUGUCAGAAUUAGAAGGCCUUUUAAAGAUGCGAAUACUUUGUUGUUAUUCCAAAUUCCAACUCCAAACUAAAAAAAUCAUUUACUAAUGCUCAACUGUUUUUGGCCCGAUUUAAUUAGCCCGUGAUUCGUGUCCUUGUCCUCUUGGUGGUCUCAUCCAUUAGAAUUAGAAAGACCAUUUUCAUGUCGCAGUUCACAGUGUUCUCAGUUCUCACUAUAUUAUCUGUGAAGAUUGAAGCAUACUGGACACAAGGCUGAGACUCGGUCUUUACACGGGAUCAAUUGCUUUUCUGGCAGAAGCAUUUGUCGAAUGAUAUUCUGUGCUCAGUGAUUGCUUGAAAUUUGGUUACUUGAAGUACCUAAGCACAAUGAUUUCGACUUCAUCUAUCCGCCCCACUAUGGCUAACCAGUUAGUGAUCAUUGUGCUUGUUUUUACAAGCUUUUUUCCCAUCCUCUCGGGCCAGCAGCUAAGAUUUGAUAAAAAUGGAGAAUUCAGAAUUCUGCAAGUGGCUGAUAUGCAUUUUGCUAAUGGAAAAACAACUCCUUGUCUUGAUGUAUUGCCCCAGCAGGUUGCCUCAUGCUCUGAUCUCAAUACCUCUACCUUCAUUCACCGCCUUAUUCUUGCUGAGAAGCCUCACUUAAUUGUUUUCACAGGCGACAAUAUUUUUGGAUUUGAUACGACGAAUCCUGCAAGAUCUAUGGAUGCUGCUUUUGCUCCUGCAAUAGAAUCAAACAUCCCAUGGGCAGCGGUACUUGGCAACCAUGAUCAGGAGUCAACUCUGUCACGGGAAGGUGUUAUGAAAUAUGUUGUUGGCAUGAAGAACACUUUAUCCAAGUUGAAUCCUCCUGAAGUUCAAGAUAUUGAUGGUUAUGGGAACUACAACCUAGAGGUACACGGGGCUGAAGGUUCUGCACUUGCAAAUAAGUCAACCCUUAAUCUCUACUUCCUUGACAGUGGUGACUAUUCGAAGGUUCCGUCCAUUCUUGGCUAUGACUGGAUCAAACCCUCUCAACAGGUUUGGUUUCAGCGUACAUCUAACAAGCUUCAGAAAGCAUACAUGGGUAAACCAGAGGCGCAAAAAUCUCCUGCUCCUGGGCUUGUGUAUUUUCACAUCCCAUUGCCUGAAUAUGCUAGCUUUGACUCGUCAAAUUUCACAGGCGUAAGACAGGAAGGCAUCAGUUCUGCAUCUAUAAACUCGGGGUUUUUUGCGACAAUGGCAGAAGCAGGAGAUGUCAAAGCAGUUUUCACAGGGCACGAUCAUCUCAAUGAUUUCUGUGGCGAUUUAGUCGGUAUACACCUCUGUUAUGCUGGAGGCUUUGGAUAUCAUGCUUAUGGCAAAGCUGGAUGGUCAAGGAGAACAAGGAUGGUGGUUGCAUCCCUUGAGAAAAGAAACAAGGGAGGUUGGGGUGCUGUGAAGUCUAUCAAAACGUGGAAGCGGCUUGAUGACAAGCACCUAACCGCCAUUGAUGCUCAAGUUCUUUGGAGCAAAAUGAGUACUCGAAGAAAGAAGGAAAUAGGUCGCCUCUGAGAAAAUCAAAGCAUAUCAUCACUUCGUCACGGAUGCAGCCCCUCUGUUAUGGUAGAGCUUAGGCGUCUGAAGUGUGAUGAUGGUCAUACUUAUAAAUUCAUAACUACUUCUAGAUUCCGGUGCACAUCAUAUGAUGUGAGACAUUGGUUGAACUUUUGUAAACAGUUUAUCAUCGGCAAAAUGGGAUAUGUUAGUAGGGGCCAUGGAAAGUAGCUACGGAUUUAUGCUUGAAUUAAAGUUGUGAAAGCUUUUUUGAGGAGAAAUGUUAAAACUAUGUUUCAUACACACUUUGAAGAAGAAGAAGAUCCCUAUUAAUCAAUGAAUAGAUUAAAUCUUCAUUAGAUCAUAUCUUGAUUAGAACAUACCAA